AUGGAGACGCUGGUGGAGAUCCAAAAACCUGUAGUGUCACAGCACGUCCAAAUGCCGAUGUCUACGCUGCUCGGUAUGAACUCUUCAAUGCAGCCUAUGUCGAAGACCAGGUCAUGGGAUGGCGGGCGAAGCGGUAACGACACAACUGGACUGCAGACGGAGCCUUUCUUGGGUAGGAUCCUAAAUAAGCUGCAGAGCAACCUGACUCUGAGGAUCGAAGAACGGAUGAAGGAUAAGGACGGCAAAAACGGUGCUAGUGUGGAAGCCAUUGUGAACCAGCAGUUAGUUCAGUUCAGGAAAGAUUUAGCCGUUUACGAACAGAGAAAGGUCAGAGAAUAUACCAGCAGGUUGGAACAGGCUACCAAAGAGAAUCGCAAGCUUUCGAAUCAGAUUGUUAGGCUGCGAGAGAGGUGGGAUAGUCUGGUUGAGAGUGCGAAGCAGCGGAGGAUAAGGCAGCAGGAGGAGUAG